CAAUGGGGGCACUGGGUGAGAAAGAUAAUGCGGUGAAUGCACACCUGGGGCUACAGGUGCUUCGCUGAUCAUCACCAUCCUCCCGAUAUUGGACCUGCACCUACACUACACCACGGCCCCGCCCUGCUGCUGCAUUCCACCGGCCGUGGUCUUUCAUCGGUUGAUGAGAGGGAACAUCUUGCAUCUCACCGCAAGCAAGUGAAUCCAUUUCGGGGAUCUCCUUUUCGAGGGUCGCAGCUGAGGGCGUGACUGAAUGACGUCUCUCCUGACACCCCCGUCACAUCUGCUUCUGUUCCCCCCCCCUCGGCCUUCACCCUCGCCGCCGGUAAAAGGGUGAGGUGCCAGUCUCUUGGCUCUCUCCGGCACCGCGAAAAGCGAAAGAUUUUGGAGAAUUCCCAUGUUUUGAGAAUCGCCAAAUUUCCCAACCCCAAUCAUAGCGCCGUUAAAACCCCUUGCUACCCCGUUUUCGAACCCACUCAAUCAGGCCUACGCUACGCAAGACCCUUUUUCCUUGUCGCUUUCUCCGCAAUCGCCCCCUGCAGUUGUGGUGUCUUUCCCACUGUCAGUCGGGGCUCCUAGUUAAAGCAACAUUUAUUUAUUUCUACAGAGUACAUCUGCACACACCGACGACGUGAGAGGUGGAAAGUGCGCGAGAUCCCUCUUUUUUUGUUGUUGCCUUUAUACUCCCCACUCCUCCUUCUGGAACAAGCGGCCCAAGCAGUUGGACAAGCCAUCAGAACAUUACGUCGUGAGGAGACGGACGGCCCGCCGACUCGACCGCGUCCGGCCAACCUAUGAUACCGAAAGGACUGCGAACGAAAAGUGGGAACGAAACAAAAGAGAAAAAAACGAAAGGCGCCGGUCCGGACAACAGGGAAAACCGCUGCAUUUCGCCCUUUUACGAUUCCCCCCCUCCCCAGCACCAAGGUUCCCCCAGUGGAGAAGGCCCGAGAGAGAGAAAGAAGAAAGACUGGAACUUGGGAGCGUGUGUGCUUUUUCGGGGCGAGGUUGGACACUCGAACUCUCUCUUUUUUGGAUCCCUUGGAAUCUGGAUCAAUCUAUUCUACCUACCUUAUCCAACCCCCGAAACCUUAUCCGUUAUUCCCAGUUUUGCGCAAUUGCUUGCUUGCUGGGCCUUUGCUUUUGGCAUAGGGGGUGGGCAUCUGUGUUUUAUUCCCUUAUACUGGUGCUACCAACUUACUUGCUAGCUACCUACAUACCUAAAGGUUCCAGGCCUUAUCGCAGCACACACCACACCCCCCCGUUGUUAUCGUGGGUGCCUGUGUGUGUGCGUGUGCGUGUGUGUGGUGUGUUAGGCGUUUGUAGCUGUGUGUGUGUUCGAGACCACUCUACGGAAUCGCGUCUCCUACCCAAUCCUCGAAAUCUCGGAAGGACGCUGUUACCUACAUCGCGAUCAUGCCGCCACCAGAUAGUGACUCGGGCGCUCCCGCCGCCGCUCAGCCUGGGAAUAACUCCAGCGACUUUCUCUCCGUCCUCCAGGUGCGCAAACUCUACAAAAUGCUCGAGGAUCCCUCUUACAACUCGGUAGUACGAUGGAGUCCCGAAGGCGACAGUUUUGUGGUGUUGGAGAACGAGAAAUUCACGAAAACAAUCCUCCCCAAACAUUUCAAACACAGCAACUUUGCGAGUUUCGUGCGCCAACUAAACAAGUACGACUUCCACAAAGUUAGGCACAACGAAGAGAGUGGCGAGGCGCCAUAUGGCCGGGAUGCCUGGGAAUUCAAGCAUCCCGAGUUUCGGGCAGACAGAAAAGACCAACUGGACAACAUCCGGAGGAAAGCGCCGGCGCCCCGAAAACCACCUCCAACAGAAGAUGCGUUCCCAGCAUCGCAGCAGAUCGUGGUCCUUAGCGAAUCCCUGAACGCCACAAAUGUUCAGAUACAAACCUUGCAAGAGCAGUACCUUGAACUCGAUCGCACGAACCGGCUGCUCGUCGCCGAGGUUCUGAGUUUGCAAAAGAUGCUCCGCGCCCAAAGCCAGGCGUCCAACGAGCUGAUAUCACACCUCAACAACAUGGAGGACAGACGGCGCAACAGCCGCCAUUCAGCCCAGUCUUCUCACUCGAGCCACUCCGGCACCAACUAUCACCAGGGAACCUUGGGACUGUUGCCAGACGGGACCGAUGAGCCAGCUCCGGAACUGCGACGUGCGCGCGAGAUCCUUAACGGGGUAUCUCCCGACUCUCAGGCCGACCGCGAACUCGAAAGGUUGUCCAUGGCCUACCACCAAAACGGCUCCCCGGCCGAGAGCGCAGGUUCCUCCGUCAUGUUCACCCACGCCGGUCCCCAAACCUCGAUGAACGUUGUGCACGAUCCCUUCAGCGAUCCAAGACAUCUUGUGUAUCCUGUGGGCCAAACACAGGGUAUCGAUCCAUUCCACGCCGACCACAUCCACAAUAUCCCAUACAGCCGACCGCUCAGUAACCCUAAUGUGAUGACCGAGGCGCCAUCGCAAAUCUCACCUCCACCGGGCAAAGAGCAAAACGGCUCACUGUGGAGAGGAAAGAAGCCGCAGAUUUUGUUGGUAGAGGACGACAAGACGUGCGCAAGGAUCGGGUCCAAGUUCCUGACGAAUAUGGAUUGUAGUGUCGAGACUGCUCGUGACGGUCUCGAGGCUGUCGAAAAGAUUAACACGGAUGCUGACCGUUUCGACCUCGUCUUUAUGGACAUCAUCAUGCCCAACCUAGACGGCGUUUCCGCCACGGCUAUGAUCCGGAUGGUGACGCCGCAAAUCCCCAUCAUCGCCAUGACAUCCAACAUUCGACAAGAAGAUAUCCAGACCUAUUUCCAGUUCGGAAUGAACGACGUCCUAGCCAAGCCCUUCACAAGAGAUGGCAUGGUCCGCAUCCUCAAAAAGCACCUCACCCGCAUGCUCAAAGACCCCCAAUCGGCCGGCGUGCUCAACGAUCCUAACGACCCCACCUCGGCUGGCAACGGCGGAGGAGGGCAGCAAACCGCCGGCGGCCCGGGCCCCCCGACAGGCGGCUACGCCAACGCCAACAUGGCAGCCUCGAUGCAAGCUGCCAUCAACCAGGCUGCCCAGGUCCAGGUCAAGUACGAGCAGACGCCCAUACCGUCUCCUUCGACGACCGCGUCGUGGCACUCCCCCGGCACGACCAUGCAGCAGGUUCAACAGCAGCAGCAGCAUGCUAGCCCCCGGCUGGAUCAAGGCGGGUAUAUGAACGCUGUUGGGAGCGGGCAAGGGGUGGGCGGGAUGGUGCUGACCCCGGGGGGUUCGCAGAGGGGGCCGGGCCCGGGACAGCAGCAGCAGCAGCAGUAUGCGGGGUACAUGCAGGCUGGGCCAGGGCCGGUGACGAGACUGCCCGAGAUGGGAGGGAUGGGAGGAGGUGCGGGGGAUGAUCGGCCGGAGAAGAGGCAGAGGUUGUAUGGCCCUGGUCAAGGGGGGUAUGUUGGGUAAAAGAUAAGGUGGUUCGGGGGGUUCGUCUAUCGGCGUUUUGAUGCUGUCGUGAUGUGUCUUUUCGGUCCAUCGUGGCCUGGAUGUGAGUGUGUACUGUGAGGGUUAUCUAGAGAAUGGUUUGGGGGGAGGAUGGGGGGUGGGGCAGCCAAAUGUUUUCUCUUCUGUAUACAAGGCAACGGAUUAUUUUUUGGGUAUAUGGGUGGUCAACCACGGGGUCAAUGCGUGGUUUGGUUUGUUGGGGGUGUUAUAUAAGUCUCUCUUGAAACUAUUCAAACUCAUAGGGUUUGGGCUAGGGGAGGAAACGAAAAUAUAAUUCAAAAAGGAGAGAAAGGUUUCGGAUGAGAGAAAACUGAGAAACGAGCUGCUUGUUUGGAAAGCGAGAAAUGGUUUGUGUGUGUGUGUGUGAUUUGAAAAGUGUGAGAAUGAGGAAUACCUAUGUGUAUAUCAGCGCCAACAAGAAAUGGCAAACAAACAAAACAAAGAGGGGGGACGCUAAGAAGAUGGAACAUGGUGGUAGUGUAGUAGUUAAAGGUAACGGGGGGGGCGGAGUCUGGAACACAAUAAUAUAAGUCGAUCUUCCUUACUUUACCUACCCCUACUGCCGGAAAGUUCCCCAACGGCGGGCGGAAGAGACGGAACAACAAAACAGGCCAUUACGAUGGAAUGGUCUGGACCAUCUCCCACUCGGAGGCCCGUGAUUGCCGGCACACACACACUACACACUGAGUGAGGUGGGUUGGUUGGUUUGUUGCUUUCUUUCUCUCCCGGUUGUUGGUAGUCGGCGGUAAUUUUUCCCAUCGAUAGUUUGAAAGCGGCUGGCUGGCUGAGACAGCCGCUAGGGAAGGGCCGACGGGCCUGCUGAUGCCAGAGAAACAAAAACUUUCCGCUGAUGAAAAAGGAUGGGAAUGUGAGGAAGCGGAGAAUGGGGGAUCUUUUGUUGCUGGCUGGGCGGUGAGGAGAAGGAGGAGGAGGGAGGGUGGUUGCUUUCCCACGCGGGUGCGAGACAUUGCUUGCAUGAGAGGGGGGAGGUAGUGGUGGUGGUCUCCUCGCGUGC